GGGGAACCAAACACCCUGAGACACAGAGAACCGGAAGAAGCUGGGGCAAGGCCAAGGCGGAGAGUGGCCUUCCUGUGUCAGAGAAGGAGGAGGGACCACCUGAGGAAGGAGCUGCAGCAGCAGAGGAGAACUGGAGGAGCCCCUUGGCCUCUGUUUCGCCUCCGAGGAGCUCUGCCCAGCGGGACUGAGAAGCGUCGUCUGUAUUUCUGUCUGUCUAUAUUUCUGUCUAUACUCAUCAUGUAGAAGUCUUAGAAAUUAAAGUUUAAAAAGCAAAAUUGACCCCCCCCCAAAAGAUACCUUGAUUCGACUUAUCCAGAGGUCAAUAGAAAUGAGCCACUUUCCAACUUGGAAUCAGUUAUGAAGCAAUUCCCUGCCUUGAGAAGGUCAUCAGGACAGCUCAUUCAUAGAACAGCUUUGCUUCUUCAGAGGCUUUAGUGUUUCCAGUAAUUUUACCACUCUUUGUCUGCGAUGAAUCUGGCAAGAGAGGAAAAUGUUCCUUCGCCCCAUUAGAAACUGCCUGGGAGAACAGCUCCAAGUUGGAAAAGCUAGACUCAGCUCGCUGUGAGGUAGGAAAGGCCCUUCUCACUGUUCCGGCUAAGUACAGAGGCAGAACCAUGGUGAAGAAAAGUCUGAGAGAGGAUAGGCUCAGCUCAGAUGGCCAGCGCCAGCGCUUCAGACAGUUUGGCUACCAAGAGGCUUUGGGGCCCCGAGGCAUUUGCAGCCAGCUCUACUAUCUCUGCUGCCAGUGGCUGAAGCCAGAGAGACACACCAAGGCUCAGAUGCUGGACCUGGUAAUCCUUGAGCAGUUCCUGGCUGUCCUUCCCCCAGAGAUGGAGGUCUGGGUGAGAGAGUGUGGAGCAGAGACCAGUUCCCAGGCAGUGGCCUUGGCAGAGGGCUUCAUCCUGAGUCAAGCAAAAGAGAUAAAACAAGAGCAGCAGGACUGGUAUGUGGAUGAGGUUACUGCGGUAGAGAAUCGUCCUUCUGAGAGGAAGGGGAGUGUGCAUGACAAGGACGGAGAAUCCCAUUCAAUAGGAGAUGCAGUAAGGACAUGUCCAAAAUACAAAAGCUCCUCUCUACACAGUGAUGGUCGCAGAACAGUUUCUGUGGGACCUGAUCAGGUGACAUUUGAAGACGUGGCUGUGUAUUUCACUGAGGAGGAGUGGGCCCUGCUGGAUCCAGGCCAAAAGGCCCUUCACUGGGAAGUGAUGGAGCGGAAUUUGGGUCUCAUGUCCUCUCUGGGUGGAGAUGGGCAAGAGAUUGAGAAUGAAGAAGAAUCAUACUGGAUUGAUGACAUCUUUGGAAUCUCACAUCAAGAAAUAACACAGAAAGGAAAAGAACAGCAUAAAUGUACUUGCGUUGCAUGUGAGGGGCUCUCCAGCUGUAAAGCCAGCCUUAAUCUUCAUAGGAGAACCAACACAAUAGAGAAAUCUUACAAAGGUGGUAACUGUGGAAAGUCCACCAGUUUUAGGAAGUGUCUGAUUUCCCAUGAAAGCAUUCAAACGAAAGAGAAACCAUUUAAGUGCUUGGAAUGUGGAAACAGCUUUGUCUGGAGAUCACACCUCAUGAUACACCAAAGAACCCACACAGGGGAAAAACCAUUUAAAUGUUUGUGGUGUGGAAAGAGUCUAAGCCGGAGGUCACACCUUUUGGAUCAUAUAAGAACCCACACAGGACAGAAACCAUUUAAAUGCUCAGAAUGUGGCAAAAGAUUCAGUCAGAAAAGAAGCCUCACUUGUCAUCAGGCAACUCACACAGGAGAAAAACCAUUUAAAUGCUUGGAGUGUGGGAAAAGUUUCAGUCAGAAAAGAAAGCUCACACAUCAUCAAGCAACACAUACAGAGGAGAAACCAUUUGAAUGUUUGGACUGUGGGAAAAGUUUCUUUUGGAAAAUAAGCCUUACUCACCAUCAAGCAAUGCACACAGGGGAAAAACCAUUUAAGUGCUCAGAAUGUGGGAAAAGUUUCAGUCGGAAAGCAGGCCUCUCUUGUCAUCAAGCAAUGCACACAGGGGAGAAACCAUUUAAAUGCUCAGAGUGUGGGAAAAGUUUCAGUUGGAAGACAGGCCUCACAUAUCAUCUAGCAACACACACAGGAGAGAAACCAUUUAAAUGCUUGGAGUGUGGAAAAAGUUUUCGUUGGAAGACAGGCCUCACGUAUCAUCAAGCAACGCAUACAGGAGAGAAACCAUUUAAAUGCUUGGAAUGUGAAAAGAGCUUUAAUUGGAAGAUGGACCUUAUUCGUCAUCAAGCAAUUCACGUAGGGGAAAAACUGUUUAAAUGCUUGGAGUGUGGGAAAAGUUUCAGUCAGAAAAGAAAUCUCACUCAUCAUCAAGUUAUGCACUCUGGGGAGAAGCCAUUUAAAUGCUCAGAGUGUGGAAAGAGUUUCAGUUGGAAGAUAGACCUCAGUCGUCACCAAGCUACUCACACAGGGGAGAAACCAUUUAAAUGCUUAGAAUGUGGGAAAUGUUUCACUCAGAAGACAGGCCUCACUUAUCAUCAAGCAACACACACAGGAGAGAAACCAUUUAAAUGCUUGGAGUGUGGGAAAAGUUUCAGUUGGAAGACAGGUCUCACUUAUCAUCUAGCAACUCACACAGGGGAGAAACCAUUUAAUUGUCUUGAGUGUGGAAAAAGUUUCAGUCAGAAAAGAAGUCUCACUCAUCACCAAGCAAUGCACACAGGGGAGAGACCAUUCAAGUGUUUGGAGUGUGGAAAGAGCUUCAGCUGGAAAAUGGACCUUAGUCGUCAUCAAACAACACACACAGGGGAAAAACCAUUUAAAUGCUUGGAAUGUGGGAAAAGUUUCACUCAGAAAACAGGCCUCACCCGUCAUCAAGUGACGCACACUGGGGAGAAACCAUUCAAGUGCUCAGAGUGUGGAAAAAGUUUCAGUCGAAAGAUGCAUCUCACCCGCCAUCAAGCAAAUCACACGGGGGGGAAAUCUUUAGCUACUUCGAAUGAGGAAAUUAUAUCAGUCAUAAUAUAGUGUGAGGCUCCACAUGUUGUUGAGCAACUCACACAAGAGAGAAAUAAUGGAAAUGACUGGAACGUGGGAAAGGUGUUGGUAGGAGCUGACAUCUUAUGUGACGUCAAAGAGAAAAUGUUUAAAUGCCUGGAGUGUAGAAAGUGCUCCAAUCAUUUCUCAUAUUUUAAGACUGACACAGACAUCGACAUGUAGGAACCAGCUCACCUGUUAUCAGGAAAACACAUGGGGAAACUACAGUGGACCCUUGUUAUAUGCUGGGGUUUGGCUCCAAGAUCCCCCGUGUAUAACAAAAUCUGCGUAUGCUCAAGUCCCAUUAAAUAUAAUGACAUAGCAAAAUGGUGUCCCUUAUAAAAA